ACUAAAAAUGAAGCCCCCCCGCCGGCCCUUGGCAGGAUCCACCACACCUCCAUGGCCCUAGGGCCACUGGAGACGAGGCGGACCUGCGUCGGAGCCGGCAAGAGACAGAAACCCUAGCUGAUUUUUUUUAGCAGGAGGAAGAGGCUCCUCGAGCGUCAUUCACCAUGAAAAUUUGCACCCUCCUAGCACACUCAAGCAUCUUUGUUGACAGUUUUUUUCCUGCUAUUUCGGUCGAAUUUAAUAUUCAUUAAAUAUUAGAUGAGACGAGAGGCAAUGCAAUGAUAUCAUCAAGAUCUAGUUCGGUUAAAUUGCUAAGAGGAGAGAAGAGCCAUUGACACGGAGUUUCUACACUCGAUCUCAGAUGCAUCUUCGUAAACAGUAAAAAAAACAAUAGUUUCAAAUGCGAACACAGCUCACUGUGGGCCAUAACUCUUGAGGCCCAUUUUGGUUGAGUUCGUGACCCUUCUCAGUCCAGUCGAGUCCCAACUGCCAAAGGCCGAAACCCUCGACCAGUGCGGCGGCCACUGACCACCGGCCGCUUUCCCCUCCGCCUCCGGCAUUCUCGUCUCCGGCGAUUGCCUGCUCCCCGCCACCGCCCUCGCGAUGCUUUCCUCAGAGCUGCGCCCCGCCGCCUCCAGCUCCGGCGACCUGCCCGCGGACGCGCUGUACGAGGUCCUCCUCCUCCUCCCGGCCAAGGAGCUCUGCCGCCUCCGCGCCGUCUGCCCCGGCUGGCGCGCCCUCACCUCCGACCCGCUCUUCGUCGCGGCGCACAAGUCCCGCCACCGUACUGCGCUCCCGCUCCUCGCCAUGGGCUACUGCGACGGCAGUGGGGUCAAUGGCGUUGCGAUUUCGGAUCUGUCGGGCAACGUCGUGAGGAGGAUUCGAAGCACCGGGUAUGAGGUUGUUAGGGUGAACAUUGCGUCGGGUGAUGCCAUUGGCCGGUUCACAAGCAAGGACGAUAGCAUCUGUGUUGUGCGCACACGGCUAGACCUUGUCUGUUUCAACUGGAAUUUCUUCUCUGGGUCCUUCUGGGUGCUGAACCCAGCCACUGGAGCUACCAUCGACUUGCCAAUGGGCUUCUCUGAGGAAAUUGCGCAUGAGCUAGAGGUGAAGCCAAUGAAGGAAUAUAGGUGCAGACGUGAGUCGUUUGCUUUUGGGCAGGUCUCCUCUAGCAGGGAGUAUAAGGCGCUCCGCAUCUCUAGAGUUGAUGACCGGAAGGUAUGUGAGGUUAUCACCUUUGAUGACACCAACCAUGGAAGCUGGAGGAGAAAGCAGGACCCUCCGUCCCAUAUCUGUACCAGUCACAGGAUGAGAAGUGCGGUCGUCGAUGGGGUGGUGUACUUCCUGAUGGAAUUUUGCUACUCUAAUUAUGAAACUGGAGUUAUUACCAUUGAACCUGGUAGCGUAGCUUCUUUCAACCUCGACACAGAGGAGUGGAUGGGUGUUCUACGUGGUCCAGAACAGCUGGAGAGGUUUUUGCAAGACAACGGGGGAUACACUUACUCAGGACUUGAACACGAGUUAUCAUUGGCUGAGUUGAACGGCUGCUUAGUUGUGGCUCAUAAUAUUUAUGACAUAUCUAUGGACUUGUGGUUUUUGACAGAUUUUGAGAAAGGUAUUUGGGUCAAGAAAUACAGCUUGCCUUCACAUGUUGCUAGGCUUUUUUGGUAUCCUUUUCUCAUGUUACAUGAUGGGAGAAUUUUCUUCAGUGGGAUGGAUUGUCUGGAAGGUAUAUUAAGUGAUGGAGAGAAAGGAGAGGGAUUUCUGCAAUGUUAUGAUCCAAGGAAUGGCACAUGUACUGAUGAACUAAAACUGAGAGAUCCCCGAUCAAUCGGCAUUUACACAGGAAGCCUGCUGAGUUUAUAGAGUAGCUGUUGCUAAUGAGGUGAAUAAUUCAUCGUACUGUCCGUUUUCCUUAUGUUGUAAUGUGAACAAUUAGUGAGACAGUGGACUGAUGCAUGCAUUGAUGAAAAAGUACUUUUGUGCCUUCCAAUUAAAGUAUAUUAUCGUAAUAUUUGAUAACAUUUUGCA